AUGCUUUCUGAAGUCCUGAGUGAGAUUGAACUGCAUCUGAAUCAGAUUGAGAAUAGCGGUUCAGUUUGCAAAGAAAACAUUGUAGCAAUUGAGGAUGCAGUUCAGCUCUGUGAUAAGUUAAUUGAGUCUUGCCAGCAGCCAUCAAGGUUGCUAAGACAAUAUUCCUUUCUUAUUAACAGAUACAGAACCAUAAUGCCUUAUAGAGAGUUGGACAUAGAAAUAUCAGCAUGUGAAGCACACAUAGAAUCAAUAGCAAGGCAAAACUCGAUGGUUAGACUUGAACAAGGCAUCUACGAAAUCAUCUCGAUUGCAGAUUACAUCGACCACACAGUCCAGGAUGCCAGACUUACAAUCGACAACAUUGCACAGUAUCUCGAAGAUGCAGAAAGGUACACAGCCAUGGCUGGUCAGGAAAUGAAUGCAGUAAUGAGUAGAAAACGAUGGAAAGUUAAGGCAAUCAGAUACAUAAUUUCAUUUGUAUUUACUUUCCUGGCCAUUUUAUUAUUCAUCAAGGUAGCUUUCUAA